UCGAAACAGACGAGCCGCAACAUCGCGGAAGGAAGCGGAAACGUAGCGCAGCUCGGGCUAACAGCUAACAGCUCGCAGCUAGUUUUAGGAUCGCGGGUGCGAAGCGACAGAAGCAGCAUUUGGUGCCUCAGAAGAGGAAACGGGGAGUGGAGACGUACACGGGAGUUUUUCUUCCUUCCAGAGACACUAUCUAAAAGGAAUCAACCAGCCGAUACGUUAUUGUGUCUUUUAUGCGAGGUCUGAGCCCUGAAGGAACGAGUCACAGACUGGAGGAGAGACUCGGAGAAAAACAUCUGGCUGCAGAAUCCUGGAUAAGUGUUAAUUCUUUUUUAAACCAGUCCCUAGGACGCACAAUUACAGGCGAGUAGUUUUCCUACACGCAACAAGGACCAUGGAGGCAAUUGCCAAAUAUGAUUUCAAAGCCACUGCUGACGAUGAGCUCAGUUUCAAGCGUGGGGAAAUCCUUAAGGUAUUAAAUGAAGAAUGUGAUCAGAACUGGUAUAAAGCGGAACUAAAUGGCAAAGACGGCUUCAUCCCGAAGAAUUAUAUAGAGAUGAAGGCCCAUCCAUGGUUCUUUGGUAAGAUCCCACGUGCCAAAGCAGAGGAGAUGCUGAACAAACAGAGGCAUGAUGGAGCCUUUCUCAUUCGAGAAAGCGAGAGUGCACCGGGGGACUUCUCCCUCUCUGUGAAGUUUGGAAAUGACGUCCAGCACUUUAAAGUCCUUCGUGACGGGGCUGGAAAGUACUUCCUAUGGGUGGUAAAGUUUAACUCCCUCAAUGAGCUGGUGGAUUACCACCGUUCCACUUCAGUCUCCCGCAAUCAGCAAAUAUUCCUGCGCGACAUUGAGCAGGUCACCCAGCAUCCCACAUACGUGCAGGCGCUCUUUGAUUUUGACCCCCAGGAGGAAGGCGAGCUGGGCUUCCGGCGCGGCGACUUUAUCCAGGUCCUGGACAACUCUGACCCCAACUGGUGGAAAGGCGGUUGCCACGGCCAAACGGGCAUGUUCCCCCGCAACUACGUCACGCCUGUCAAUCGGAACAUGUAAACAGUUGGAGCGUCUUAAAAGGCCACCCAUCACCACCAUCAUUUUUGAUCUCAUCUGCCCCAUCCAAAUCCCCAACCACCCCUCCACCCUCUCCACCAUCCCACCAUGACAGGAGCAGACAGGAAAGAAUGCGAACAGCCAGGAGGGAAAGCUAAAAACAGGAGUAGUGCUGUGUGGGCGGCAGCUGAGGAAAAAUCAACUUGUGCUGAGAAUUUUUCACCUCCCUGGUAAACGCCUCGUGAGGACUGAACUUUUUUUGUUGUUGUUUGUUUUGUUUGUUGAGGGAAACCUAAAUGUAUUGGAGCUAAGCAUAGCGCAUCAUCCGUGAAGAUAACCAAAUAGUCCUCCCACUAAAGCUCCCGCAGCUGCAUCUGUCUUCUUAACUUUUCUACCUUCUUGCCUUUUGUUUUCUUUGCUGCAUGUUUUAAUGGCAUAAAACAAAUACCUACCGAUAAACCCUAACUCUGUUUUAAAGGAAAGACAUAAAGAUGUUUAAAAAAAAUGGAAAAAGAAAAAGAAUGCAAAAAAAAUUUGUCAAAAAUGUCAUCAUCUACAGCAAACUUCCUUGUCUGUGAUCAUUGGCAUGUGAGUAUUGUACAUCAGCUGUCGGCUGUAUAAAUAAAAAUAGAGAAUCCAUUUUUUAAGAAUAUAUAUUAUAUAUUUGUAUGUGUUGUCUGUUUUACCUUUCAUCACAAAUUGUACUUUUUUUUUUUUUUGCUAAAUUAUGUUCAGUCUUAUGGUAGUCUGGAUAAAAUAUCGUAGCUCUAGAAUGUGCGUCACCCCUAAGUUUAUCAGUGCACCCUCAGAAUACACAGUGUGAAACUCAAGAGGGUCAUAAAAUCUGUUUAAAAAAAUAAAAAAUUAUUCAUGUCUGCAGUGCAAGGAAUGCUGUUCUGAGUAAACUAGCCCUGUCCGGAAACUAACCAGCAAGUAGAGCCAUGUACGCUGCCGGGGCUGUGCAAGGUCAGCCGCGUUUUCAAAGCCAAUGUAUUUAUUGCAGCCAUUGUACCUGGGCAGUGAAUGUAGCUGAUUGAGUUCAUAGACAUUAACAUGAGGGACGCAAGGUCGGAGAACUGAACUACACAACCGCGCAAGGGAUUCUAAGAUGUGCUGAAAGAGUCAUAUUGUCUAAUUUUUUUUUUUUUUAAGAGCGUGAUGUAUGAGAAUAUGUACAGUUGCUUCAUAUGAAUUCUACAAACAUGUAUUGUUCAUUG